UUUUUCUUUUGGGCUAGUUUUACGGGACAAGGAGCCUGUCUCGUAUAUACCCAGCAUCUCGAAGGUUGCAGAUAAGAAAGCAUGCCAUCCGAAAAGACUUUCUUUUGACCUUGAGAGCGCUCGAUCUGAUACUCGAAGUCCAGGAACCAUACCCGUCUCGAGUCUUUUGCCCCAUAACUAGUUAAUACAUCAUAAGCCCCUCUAGAGCAGUUCAUAUUACAAGACACCAUGAGUAUGGACGAUAUAAUCGAGGUGGACAGUGUAAGAUGCCUGUUUAUCGUGGCCUUCAGUCUGCAUUGUGGUGCCUGACUCGGUGUAGGAUAACGGAGACCCCCCUACGGAGUAUGAAACUGAUAUUUGGUCACAAUCUCACCAGUAAGUAAACCGCCAUCAUUAAAGCACUCUGAACAGGAGCUGGGAUUCUAUGCAUCGAACUGCUCUGUGCUAACGUCAUCGUGUCCCUCGGCGCAGCGGAACUACAUCUCUUUCUUCAACUGUAUACAACUAUAGGUGACUCCCCAUGACAGUUCCAAUCUUGAGCCCUGCUGACUCUAGUCCUUGUGUGACCACAUAGAUAUGAAGUAGGUUUCUGGACCCUGGUAUAAUUACCUCGCCUUGGGCCUGUUUGCGGUGUCAGACUUGGUCGCAGCAGGAAAUACACCGUCCAGCCGGGCACUGCUGCUAACUUUGACUUUAGAAUGAACGGCGAUACCACGGCUAUCGAGAUGGAGCAUACCUUUUGGUUAGUUGUCAAGGAUAUACAAACACCUGUCUAUCCAGGUAGAGAGCCAUGAACUUACUUAUAUACCCCUGGAAAGCCAAAUGACAAGAGAGAACAGGAUCGUAUGGACUUAGUAAGUGUUCAUUUUUUAUGAACCAGGAACAGCUUCCCCAUGCCCCCUUACUGAUUUGAUACAAAGGAGCAUAGGAUAUAUUAUCUUCUUCUAAACGGCAAACUACAUCGGGCUCCAUUGAAGGGAAGUCCAGAACGUGUACUUGACCUAGGGACUGGAACUGGUACCUGGGCGUUUGAAUUUGCAGAGUGAGAUAGCCAGUUUAAUUUCACCAGAGCUAUUGCUGGGGGAGAGGCAUUGCUAACCUUACAUCUAUCAAAGGCGCCAUCCUCGUUGUGAGGUCCUAGGUAUGCAUUUCAGCCUAUAUCAAACUGUGGUGGACGUUGCUAACAUGGAAUUAAUCUAGGGACGGACCUAAGUCCAAUUCAAAGACUAUGGUAAGAAUGCUAUUAGAAUAUAGAAAGGCUGGUCAAAUAUACCCACUGACCUCUAUUUCUCAAUUUAGGAUGCCGCGUAACUGCACAUUCGAGAUAGAUGACUUUGAAGAAGAAUGGCAGUAUCCAGAGUCAUACCACUUCAGCUACAUCCAUGCCCGCAACCUGGUAGGCUCCAUAUCAGACUAUGAAAAGUUCUUUGCACAGGCGUACGAAAACCUGCUUCCAGGCGGGUAUCUCGAAAUGCAAAGUACCGAAGCAAACUUCUUUUCGGAUGACGGAACCCGUGAAAGGGCCGUGACCGCCAAUCUGUGGCAAAAAUUACUAGUAAAAGGGUAUCGGAAAUUUGGCAAACCGUUGAACGUCGAACAAACCUGGGCGGAAAAGAUGCGAGCAGCAGGAUUUGUAGAUGUUGUUGAAGAAGUAAUUAAGGUGGGUGUGUUGCAGUUGGUGAUACACAAGGCUGGUGUUGUGCAAGUUUAGCUGAUCCUCCUAUGCAUAGGUGCCUGUGGGACGAUGGUCACCAGACCCAAAGAUGAAAGAGAUAGGUCAUUAUCAAGCAAUGAAUGUUCGGGAAUGGCUGGUGUCGGGUUCAGUGGCAGUUUUUACUCGUGUCCUUGGUUGGACCAUGGAAGAGCUUGAUGUGCUUUUUACAGCUGUACGGAACGACUUUACUGACCCUCAGUCACACCUCUAUGUUCAGAUGAGGUUUGUGUAUGGUCGAAGGCCGAGCUAGUCGAGCAGAUUAGGAUGGGAGACCAGGCGAGCAGAUCAGAGAGUGGGUGCAUUUGCAAGCAGAUAAUUCAUUUCUUCUUUACACAUCUAUGUAUAAUGUAAUUCAUUUUUAUAUCUUCACUUUCGUUCGCAUUACUUUCCCUGGCCAUUGGGAAGGUAAACAGGCACCUCCAAUUACAUCAAAAUGAUAGUAGAAUAAAGACGUAUAUAUGUAGGGGAGAAAAGAAAAGAAAAAGAAGAACGAAACCAAGGCCAAGCG